AUGAAGAACGGUGGCCGCCUCGUUCUUGAGGUCGCCCAGCACCUUGGUGAGAACACUGUCCGUUGCAUUGCCAUGGACGGUACUGAGGGUCUGGUGCGUGGCCAGAAGGUCCUGGACACUGGUGCCCCCAUCACUAUCCCUGUCGGUGAUGGUACGCUGGGCCGUAUCUUGAACGUCAUUGGUGAGCCCAUUGACGAGCGUGGUCCCGUUAAGACCGACUCGUACCGCCCUAUUCACCGUGACCCCCCGGCCUUCGUUGAGCAGUCUACAGAUGCUGAAAUUCUCGAGACGGGUAUCAAAGUUGUUGACCUGAUUGCUCCAUACGCCCGUGGUGGUAAGAUUGGUCUUUUCGGUGGUGCCGGUGUCGGUAAGACCGUGUUGAUUCAGGAACUUAUCAACAACAUUGCCAAGGCCCACGGUGGUUUCUCCGUAUUCACUGGUGUCGGUGAGCGUACUCGUGAGGGCAAUGACCUGUACCACGAAAUGAUUGAGACGGGUGUCAUUAACCUUGAAGGUGACUCGAAAGUGUCUCUUGUGUUCGGUCAGAUGAACGAGCCCCCGGGUGCCCGUGCCCGUGUUGCCCUGACGGGCCUGACUGUCGCCGAGUACUUCCGUGACGAGCAGGGUCAGGAUGUGCUUCUCUUCAUUGACAACAUUUUCCGUUUCACCCAGGCCGGUUCGGAGACAUCUGCCCUGCUUGGUCGUAUCCCAUCGGCUGUCGGUUACCAGCCCACCCUCUCGACGGAUAUGGGUUCCAUGCAGGAACGUAUCACGACCACACGUAAGGGCUCGAUUACAUCGGUGCAGGCUGUCUACGUUCCCGCUGACGAUGUGACUGACCCUGCCCCGGCCACCACCUUCGCCCACCUUGAUGCCACGACAGUGCUUGACCGUUCCAUUGCCGAGCUUGGUAUCUACCCAGCUGUCGACCCCCUGAACUCGCAAUCGCGUAUGCUUGACCCUGAUGUUGUCGGUCAGGAGCACUACGAUGUCGCUUCGGGUGUGCAAAAGCUGCUCCAGGACUACAAGUCGCUCCAAGAUAUUAUCGCAAUUUUGGGUAUGGAUGAGCUGUCGGAAGAAGACAAGCUCACUGUUGAGCGUGCCCGUAAGAUGCAGCGUUUCAUGUCGCAGCCUUUCGCUGUUGCUCAGGUCUUCACUGGUAUCGAGGGUCGUCUUGUUGCCCUUAAGGACACUGUUAAGGCGUGCAAGGAAAUUCUCUCGGGCAAGCAUGACCAGCUCCCUGAGGCUGCUUUCUACAUGGUUGGCAACAUUGAAGACGUUCUGGCCAAGGCUGAGGAGAUUAGCAAGCAGUCUAACUAG